UGCGUUCACGUUUCUACGUCGUGGUCCUACCUCAAACACGUAAUAAAAACUUUCUUAACUUUCGCACGUUGAUUGUGUGUGCUGUUGUUCUGUUGUUGCCAGUGAGUGUUAUAUGUUGAUGAGUGUUGUGUGAAGAUGCGGGCCGCUGUAGCGGCGUUGGUCCUCGCCCUGGUUGCGACAACAGCGGCGCAGAUUGACCCCAAACACCAGGACUUAUCAGGCGACACAAUAUGUCCAAACGGCAUGUUCAGAUGUCCUGAGGGCAAGUGCAUACCAGCGUUAUGGGUGUGCAACUACCAACGCGAUUGCGACAAGGGCGAGGACGAGUUCCAGUCGUGCCCGCCACCAGACUGCGAGGCAGGCCAGUUGACGUGCGGACAGUACGUGUGGAACAAGACCUACUGUCUACCACCACACUACCGCUGCGACAUGCACAUAGACUGCGUGGACGGCACCGACGAGGCGGAAUGCACAUACCGCAAGUGCUUGCCAGACGACUUCCAGUGCGGCGUGGAGGCAGCCAGCAGCGGGAAGGUCUCAUCACAGGGACCUUGCAUACCCAAAGACAAAAAAUGCGACGGGUACUUAGACUGCAGAACGGGUAAGGAUGAAGAGGACUGUCCAGGCAAGGGUACACCGUGUCGACUGGAUCAGUUCCGGUGCGCGUCCGGGAACAAAUGCAUCGAUGCCACCUCCAAGUGUGAUCACAAAGAUGACUGCGGCGACAACUCCGACGAGGCACUCUGCAAUUUUCCAGCAUGUCAUAUAGGCCAGUUCCGGUGUACGAACUCCUUGUGUAUACCAGCUACUUACCACUGCGACGGUUAUAAGGACUGCUCGGACGGGUCAGACGAAGCCAACUGCACCACGGUCGCUUGCCCGGACAACAAGUACUUGUGCCCCAAGGGCGGGGCCGGGGGGACCCGCAAGUGCAUAUCCAGGUCACAGCUGUGCGACGGGAAGAAGGAUUGUGAGGAUAAUGCUGAUGAGGAAGAAGCCUGCUCGACGGUAUCGUGCCCGGCGCUGGAGUGCGCGUACAAGUGCGUGGCGUCCCCGGCGGGCGGCGCGUGCGCAUGCGCGGCGGGGCUGGCGCUGGCGGCCGACAACCGCACGUGCGCCGACCGCGACGAGUGCCGCGAGUGGGGCCACUGCCACCAGCUGUGCGUCAACUCGCCGGGCUCGUACUCGUGCGCGUGCGCGCCCGGCUACGAGCUGCAGGGCGGGCGGCGGUGCGCGGCGCCGGGCGGCGAGCUGCUGCUGGCCGCCGAGCGCACGCUGCUGCGCAUGGACCUGCACGGCCGCGCGCCCGCCACCCUGGCCAACGCCACCGCCGCCGCCGGCCUCGACUACCACUACAAGCGCAACCUGCUCUUCUGGUCCGACCUCAAGACCCGCAAGAUCCACUCGCAGCCGCUGACGGUGCCGGCGGGCGUGAGCAGCUACGCGGGCAGCGACAUCUCCGUGGCGGGGUCGUGGGCGCCGGUGGCGCUGGCCGUGGACUGGGUGGGCGACAAGCUGUACGUGGCCGACGCCAUCGGACAGAAGGUCGACGUGUUCGAGCUGGAUGGCCGGUGGCACGCCGUCGUGCUCGGCUCCAACCUCACCAGCCCCUCCGACUUGGCGCUCGACCCCACUUUAGGAUUCAUGUUUGUCGCCGACGGUAGUCAGAUCAUUAGAGCUAACAUGGACGGAACGCACACUAAGUCGAUAGUGUCCGAAGCCACGUACAAAGCCUCCGGUAUCGCCGUAGAUAUCAUCGCCAAAAGAGUAUUUUGGUGUGACUCGCUGUUAGAUUAUAUUGAAACUGUAGAUUACGACGGCAACUAUAGAUUCUUAGUUUUAAGGGGACAACAGGUGCCCAGCCCUUCUAGGUUAGCUUUAUUCGAAGAUAGAGUGUACUGGUCAGAUAGCACCAAGCAGGGCAUCAGCUCGGUCAACAAAUACGAGGGCUCGGCCAGUAUACAAGCCAUAUAUAAAAUGAAAGAUAUUAGAGAUCCCAAAGCUAUAACUGUGAUACAUCCUUUAAAACAAACUUCUGUAAAUAAUCCAUGCGGCAACAACAACGGUGGUUGUGCGCAGAUGUGUAUAGUGACGGCGCUACCGAACGGCGGUUUAGGCUAUAGGUGUGCCUGUAACAUUGGAUAUAGGUUAGAAACAGACUUAAGAAACUGUGAUCUCGUCGAAGAGUUCCUCAUGUAUUCUCAACAAAGAUUUAUAAAAGGAAAAGUUUUGAAUCCGGUCAUAGAAGGUUUCAGUGAAGCCAUACUCCCUGUAGUCUCUAAAAGAGCCAGGUUCGUGGGCUUGGACUUUGAUUCAAAAGAUGAACAUAUAUAUUACUCAGAUGUGUUGCAAGACGUUAUUUAUAGAGUACAUAGAAAUGGAACUACUAAAGAAAUUGUAUUGGCAUCUCAAAAUGAAGGUGUGGAAGGUCUGGCUGUGGACUGGGCAUCUAAGAAUUUGUACUACAUCGAUUCGAGAAAAGGCACACUGAAUGUGCUAUCGACAAGAAAUAUUUCAUAUAGAAGAACACUUCUAAAGGAUUUGAAGAGGCCGCGCGCUAUUGUAGUACAUCCAAAUAAAGGUUACAUCUUCUUCUCAGAGUGGGACCGUCCCGCCAACAUAAGCCGAGCAAACACUGAUGGUACGGGCUUGUUAGUAUUCGAGAACGUUACUCUUGGCUGGCCAAAUGGUCUUUCUAUAGAUUUCGACACUGACAGAUUAUACUGGUGUGACGCUUUACUAGAUCAUGUACAACAUUCGAAACUAGACGGCACUGAUGUACGGACAGUAAAUUCAAGAUUAAUACGACAUCCAUUCUCUAUUGUUAUUCACAAAGAUUUCAUGUAUAUCACUGACUGGAGAUUAGAUGCCAUCAUACGCCUCCAUAAGCUGACUGGUGAACAGGAAGACGUGAUGGUGCGGGAGCCACAAACAAACCGGCUCUAUGGUGUGAAAGUGUACAGCCAAGCCGUACAGAAAAUUGAUCCCAUGCAGCCUUGUGCCAGAAGUAAUGGAAAUUGCCAAAAACUUUGCUUUGCUAUUCCAAGGAACAAUACGGAGUUGUUGACCGUUAAGUGUGGAUGUCCGUAUGGUGAGAAGUUAGCUCCGGAUGGUACUAGUUGCGUGGCGGAUCCUAACUCUGAACCACCGGUGCGCGCUUGCCCGAAUACUUGGGACUUCACUUGCAACAACCAACGGUGCAUCCCCAAAAGUUGGGUCUGCGACGGUGACGAUGACUGUUUAGACAACAGCGACGAAGAAUUCGCCAACUGUACCAAAUCGACGUGCAGCGCAUCAGAGUUCAUGUGCAAGUCAGGGCGCUGCAUCCCGGCGACGUUCAAGUGCGACUCCGAGAACGACUGCGGCGAUUUCUCCGACGAGACGGGCUGCGUCAACGUGACCUGCAGCUCGUCACAGUUCCAGUGCGACAACGGACGCUGCGUGCCCAACACCUGGAAGUGCGACUCGGAGAACGACUGCGGCGACGGCUCCGACGAGGGGACGCACUGUGCAGAGAAGACCUGCGCUUACUUCCAGUUCACGUGCCCGCGCACGGGGCACUGCAUCCCCGCGUCGUGGGUGUGCGACGGAGACGACGACUGCUUCGACAAGCAGGACGAGGCCGACUGCCCGCCCGUCUCCUGCCUCGCCAGCCAGUUCAAGUGCGCCGACCUCAAGCAGUGUGUGCAGGAGGCGUAUAAGUGUGACGGUAUCCCGGACUGCAACGACGGCAGCGACGAGGCCGGCUGUCCCUCGCUGGCGCCCCACCAGUGCCAACCCGACAGGCAGUUCCAGUGCCGCUCCUCCGGGAUAUGUAUUCCUACUACUUGGUAUUGUGACGGCACGCCGGACUGCGAGGACCUGUCGGACGAGCCGUCGUCGUGCGGCGCGGUGCAGUGCGCUGCGAGCCACUUCCGCUGCGACAACGGACGCUGCGUGUUCCAGGCGUACGUGUGCGACGGCAACGACGACUGCGGCGACGGCUCCGACGAGGGCCUGCAGCACGCCUGCAAGCCGCCGCCCUUCAGGUGUCCAUCUGGCCAGUGGCAGUGCCCGGGAAUCACCGGCCGGUGUGUAAACAUCACUCAAGUUUGCGAUAAUAAGGUCGACUGUCCCAAUGGCGCAGACGAAGGCGCCAGCUGUGACUUUGCCGAAUGCGAACAUCAAGACGGUCUCUGCUCCAACAAGUGCAAGCAGACGCCGAACGGUCCCCUGUGCCUGUGUCCGGAGGGCGAGGAGCUGGACGCGGACGGCUUCAACUGCAAGGACGUCGACGAGUGCGACCCCCCGGGGCUGUGCUCGCAGGUCUGCACCAACACCAAGGGCUCGUAUGCGUGCGGGUGCGUGGACGGGUACCGGCUCGCCGGCGACGCGCACUCGUGCAAGGCCGACAACCACUCGAGCGCGUUCCUCAUCAUCUCGAACCGGCACUCGAUCCUCGUCGCGGACCUCGACGAGCAGGGGCUCGAGCGCGUGCCGAUCGACGUCGAGAACGUGGUCGCGACCGCCUCGGACAUGCACACCGGCACCAUCUUCUGGUCGGACAUGAAGCUGAAGCGCAUCUCGCGGCUGGACCGCGGCGGCGCGCCGCGCGCCAUCGUGACGUCGGGGCUGGAGCUGGUGGAGGGGCUGGCGUACGACUGGGUGGGCGGCAACCUGUACUGGCUGGACAGCCGGCUGCGGGCCGUGGUGGCGGCGCGCGCGGACGGCGCGGCGCGCGCGGCGGUGGCGCGCGGCGUGCAGCAGCCGCGCGGGCUGGUGCUGGACGCGGCGCCGGCCGCGCGGCUGCUCUUCUGGACCGACUGGGGCGAGCGGCCGCGCCUCGAGCGCGCCGGGCUCGACGGCUCGGGCCGCGCCACGCUCGUCUCCACCAAGCUCUACUGGCCCAACGGGCUCGCGCUCGACACCGCCACGCGCCGCGUCUACUUCGCCGACUCCAAGCUGGACUACAUCGACUUCGUCAACUACGACGGCUCGGGCCGCCGGCAGGUGCUCGCCGCGAGCCACUACCUGCUGCACCCGCACUCGCUCACGCUGUUCGAGGACACGCUCUACUGGACCGACCGGCAGCUGAACCGGGUGCUGUCGGCGCACAAGUUCCGGGGCUCCAACCAGACGGUGGUGUCGCACCUGAUCUCUCAGCCGCUGUCGAUCCACGUGCAUCAUCCUUCGCUGCAGCCGCGGUACCCGUCGCCCUGCAAGCCCGACUCGUGCGAGCACCUCUGCCUGCUGAGCCCGAACGAGAGCGUGCCCUACACGUGCAUGUGCAAGGCGGGAUACAAGCUCCUGCCGGACGGAAAGUGCAUUGAAGAGGAGCAAUCGUAUUUGAUGGUAUUGAAGGGAUCGCAGAUCGUAGAUCUGGCGCUGGACGGCACGGGAAAAGCGGGACAACUGGAAGCGAUCGUCGGCGUUCAAGGAGGUGUCCAAUUGGAAUACGAUCGUCAGGGUCACACUAUAUACUGGCUACAAUCGAUAUCUAGCGACGGCGAGGACGAUGAAAAUUGUACGAUCUAUACUAUGCCGUAUGGCGGUGGGAAUAAAGCAGAAUUUCUGGGACAAGACACGGGCAUCGUCGGCGCACCGUCGGCGAUCGCGUUCGACUGGCUCGGUCGUAACUUAUAUAUGGCAAACAGAGUAGCCAGUAACAUUGAGCUGGUGCGAGUCGAUGGCAAAGUGAAAUAUAGGACCAUCGUGAUGGCUAAUGACGGCAGCAAGUUCUCUGUAGCGAAACCUAAGGGAAUUUGUUUGGACCCAACGGAAGGGAAAAUGUACUGGACUGACGAGGGAGGUUAUGGAGUACCCGUGAAAGUUGGCAAAGCGAAUAUGGACGGCACCAAUCCUGUUAUAUUAGUGGACAGCUUCGAGAGACCUGAAGCAAUCACUAUAGAUAUAGAAAAGAAAAUCGUGUACUUCAGCACGCAGUUCCCGGCGAGCAUAAUCAGUGUGAAUACUGAUGGAAACGAUAGGAAGACUAUACUUACCGAAGUUAAUGCUAUAUCAUAUCCCAAGGUCAUAGCCGUAUUAGACUCCAGACUCUACGUGCUCGAUCCACGACACGAGAAAAUUAUAAAAGCAGAUUUGCCCAACGGUGAUAACAUCAAAGCCAUAAUGGACAACGAAAGCGAUCUCAAAUCGUUGAUAAUAUUCCAGAAACGGAAAAUGAUUCACCAUACGUGCUCAACAGCUAAUGGCGGUUGCGAGCAGAUCUGCAUCCCGAAUGACGGAGGUUCUCGAGUGUGUGCCUGCUCUAUCGGAUAUCGCAAAGAGAAUGAAGUGAACUGCGUUCCUUAUAAGACCUUCGCCGUGGUUUCCCAACUUGAUCUUAUUCGCGGCUACAGCCUCGACACCAGCGCGGAAGCUAUGGUCCCUGUAACUGGCCUUGGUCACCAUAUUCUGCAUGUGGACGUUCACUUCGCUGACAACUACAUGUAUUGGGUCGAGUUCAAUCGCGGCCAGUGGAACGGCAUAUUUCGAAUUCGACCAAACGGCACAGAACUACAACACAUCAUCCGCGACGGUAUCGGCAGCAAUGGAAUCCGAGGAUUGGCUGUCGAUUGGGUCGCCGGCAACUUAUACUUCACCAAUGUGUUUCCGCACGAAAAUUACGUAGAAAUAUGCUGGUUAGACGGAUCACACAGAAAAGUACUAGUAAAGACAACGAUGGAUGCGCCAAGAGAGCUAGCAGUUAAUCCUUUGAAAAGGUUGUUAUAUUGGAUCGACUAUGGUCAAUAUCCACGAAUCGGGAAGGCUUAUCUCGAUGGAUCCAACUGGCAAACAGUAGUAAGCUCUGGUAUAUCCAAUCCCAGAGAUUUGACCAUAGAUAUGCUAACUCAUGAUGUAUACUGGGUCGAUUCCAAAUUGGAUCAAAUUCAGAAAAUAUCCUACAAUGGUGGUAACCGACAACUCAUCAGAUCUAAUCUCCCGAAUCCAAUGGGUAUUGCAGUUCAUACAGGAAGUGUCUACUGGGUGGACAGAAACUUGCAAACUAUUUACAAAGCUUCGAAACUACCAGGCAAUAUGUCUAUGCCAGAAAAGGUCAGGACAAAUCUCCCUAAGUUACGGGAUAUCGCUAUAUUUGAUGUAAACAACCAACCUACUGAUGACAACAACCCUUGCCGUAAACUCGGAAAUGGCGGCUGUGAACAACUCUGUUUCAGUUAUCCGCCAGAAGCCAAUAAGGGAUUUACACACAAAUGCGACUGUGCUACAGGCGAGGUAUCGGCUAGUAACCCAAAAACUUGUGACGUAGUAGAUGAAUACCUCGUUUUUACAACUAGAACUGAAAUACGCUCUAUUAAUCUAGAUCCUAAAUCAACAGGUGUUCCUUUCAAACCCGUAAGUAGCCUGACAAAUGUAGUUGGAGUAGAAUUCGAUUAUGCUGAUAACGUAUUAUUCUUCACACAAAUAAGACCAUGGCCAAGGAUCGCAACGAUGUCCACUAACAAACCUCUGGAAAAUAGUAGCAUAAGAAAUAUCAUCGACAAGGGUAUAAAUCCCGAAGGCAUAUCAUAUGACUGGACGCAGAAGAAAAUUUACUGGACAGAUAGCUCGAACAAUUCAAUCUUUGCUAUGAAUCUGGAUGGCAGUGAUAUAGUUAUGAUCGCAAGAGUAGAACGUCCCCGAGCUAUAGUUGUAGAUCCUUGCAAUGGAACUCUUUACUACACAGACUGGGGCCGAUUUGGCACGACAGGUAAAAUAUACAGGACAACAAUGGCCGGAUCACUUAAAAAGGCAAUAAUAGAUAAGGACCUUUCACAGCCCAGCGGUUUAGCUAUAGAUUUUGAUGAAAACAUGUUAUAUUGGAGUGAUGCCGUUCGAGAGAAAAUAGAGAGGUCAAAAUUGGACGGUUCGGAUAGAGAAGUUCUAAUAUCUGCUACUAUUUAUCCAUUCGCCAUUACCGUAUUCAGAAACUAUAUUUACUGGACUGACCUACAACUGCGUGGAGUGUACCGAGCUGAAAAGCAUACGGGAGCCAAUAUGGUUGAAAUGGUUAAGAGACUAGAAGACUCUCCACGAGAUAUUCACGUAUACAGCAAGAAGAGACAAAUGUGUCAGGCUAAUGCUUGCAGCAUCAGUAACGGAGGGUGCGCCCAAAGCUGUCAUCCCGCACCCAAUAAUACAGCCGAGUGCCGUUGUGACGAGAACACUAAGCUGGUCAACGAGGGCCGAAUGUGUGUGGCUCGUAACAUUACCUGUGAUCCUUCCAAAUUCUUCUGCGCCAAUGGUAAAUGUAUUAGUCGCAUGUGGUCCUGCGAUGGAGACGACGAUUGUGGCGAUAAUUCCGAUGAGGACCGCAACUACUGUGCCUAUCACUCGUGUUCACCGAACGAAUUUCGCUGUAACAAUGGCCGGUGUAUCUUCAAAUCAUGGAAGUGCGAUCAUGAAAACGAUUGUAAAGACGGAUCCGACGAGGAGGGUUGCGUGUAUCCCCCGUGCAUGGACGGUGAAUUCACAUGUCACAAUUCUCGUUGCAUACCAAUGUCACAGGUGUGCAAUGGAAUCAACGAUUGUAAAGAUAACAUUACAUCGGACGAAACCCACGAGCGGUGUCCGCGGAACACCACUUGUCCAGCGAAUCACCUGAAGUGCGAACGCACCAACAUCUGCGUGGAGCCAUACUGGCUGUGCGACGGCGACAACGACUGCGGCGACAACUCCGACGAGGAGCCCCUACACUGCGCCAUGCGCACCUGCCCGCAGAACAGCUUCCGCUGUCCCAACCACCGCUGCAUCCCCGCCACCUGGUACUGCGACGGCGACGACGACUGUGGAGACGGCGCCGACGAGCCGCCAGAGUACUGUCGCUCCGAGGGCCGCACUUGUUUUGGUGACCUAUUCACUUGCGACAACGGCAACUGCAUUCCGAGGAUAUACAUCUGCGAUGGCGACAAUGACUGCCUCGAUAGCAGUGACGAAGACGAUCGCCACCAAUGCAAUGAACGCAAGUGUGAUGCCGAGACGGAGUACACAUGUGAGGAAAAUAAACUGUGGGGUCGCGCUCAAUGUAUCCCGCGAAAAUGGCUAUGCGAUGGUGAUCCCGACUGCAUCGACGGCGCAGACGAGAACGCAACUCUCCACCACUGCGCCGCGCCCGCGCCUUGUUCUGAGGAGCAAUUCCAAUGUAACAACGGCCGUUGCAUCAAUCUGGGCUGGAUCUGCGACCACGACAAUGACUGCGGUGAUGGCUCCGAUGAAGGCAAGUUCUGCAACAUGCAAUAUAAAACUUGUAGCGACCAGGAGUUCAAGUGUCAGAAUUUCAAAUGUAUCAGGAGUAAAUUUAGAUGCGACGGAGAGGACGACUGCGGCGAUCACUCUGACGAAGUCGGCUGUGUUAAAGAAAACAAGACGUGCCCCGACGGACAGUUUAAGUGUAACAAUGACCAAUGUAUUGACAGCAGACUCGUGUGUAACAAGGUCGCGGACUGCACUGACGAAUCCGAUGAACCGGCUCACUGUAAUGUAGACGAGUGCGCUAAGUUGGAGAUAAAUCAGUGCGGACAUAAAUGUAUCGAUACACUGACUGGAUACUAUUGCGAUUGUAAUCAAGGCUACAAACUGUUGUCUGAUGGCAAGGCCUGUGCCGAUGUUGACGAGUGUAUAGAAACGCCAGGGGUAUGCUCUCAGUAUUGCUCCAACACUCCCGGAUCUUAUUAUUGUAAAUGUAAUGACCAAUAUUACGAACGCGAAGCCGACGAACAUACAUGCAAACGUAAAGACAAUACUUCAGCAUGGGUCAUUUUCACCAACAAAUACUACGUGAGAAAUAUGUCCACCGAUGCGUCUCUUUAUAAUCUCGUUCACCAAGAUCUGAUGAAUGUAGUGGCGGUGGACUUCGAUGUCAAAGAACAGAAAAUGUACUUUGCUGAUGUAUCUGCGAAAACUAUAUACCGUUCCGAUUAUUCUGAUCCGAAUCCUACUAAAGAGGUCGUAAUAAGACAUGACUCACACGCUCUAGAAGGUAUUGCUAUUGACUGGAUCGGCCGAAAACUGUAUUGGCUCGAUAGACAUUCGAAGAAUUUGGACGUCGCAGAAUUGGAUGGUACUAGAAGAAAAACUCUAAAAACUGGAAUAGCCGAUCCAAGAGCUAUCGUUGUUCAUCCAGGUACUGGAUAUUUGUACUUUACGUCGUGGCAUCUCCAAGCCUAUAUAGGUAAAAUGGGAAUGGACGGCACCAAUUUUACUGUUAUUUUGAAUUGGGAACAAGAUAUCGCAUGGCCUAAUGCCUUAACAAUUGAUUACUUCACUGACAGAAUUUAUUGGGCUGAUGCCCACUUGGAUUACAUUGGUUCUGCCGAUUUAGAGGGUAGGCACAGGCAUAUUGUCCUGUCCGGCACGAAAGUUCCACAUGUAUUCGCCCUUAGUUUAUUCGAUGAUGAAAUCUACUGGACUGAUUGGAAUCUUAAAGCUAUAAGUAAAGCGAACAAGCAUUCGGGUGAAAACUUAACGGUUCUAAGAAAUACUACGCACCGUCCUUACGACAUUCACGUAGUUCAUCCAUUAAGACAACUUCCAUAUCCUAACCCUUGUGGAGAUAAUAACGGUGGCUGUUCCCAUCUGUGUCUCAUAGCUCCUCCACAUGAGUCUAGCUACUUAAACAUCGAAGGCUACGGUGAAGAAGGGACCACCACAUACAAAUGUGCUUGCCCGAAUCAGUUCUAUUUGGCACGCGACCUGAAAACCUGUAUAGCUAAUUGUACUGACGGACAACAUAGGUGCAACGGGCAUGAUGAGAAAUGUAUCCCGUGGUUCUGGAAAUGUGAUGGAGAGAAAGACUGCAUGGACGGGUCCGACGAACCUGACACCUGCCCUGUGCGGCACUGCCGCGCUGGCUCCUUCCAGUGCAAGAACACCAACUGCACGCCCGCGGCAACUAUUUGUGAUGGCACCGACGACUGCGGAGAUGGAAGCGACGAAGCUCAGUGCUCACACGAGUGUCCAUUACUUGAAUUUAAGUGUAAAUCUAGUGGAAGAUGUAUUCUGGAGAGUUGGAAGUGUGACGGCGAUACUGACUGUAAAGACAACAGUGACGAGGAUCCGACCAUGUGCCACAAUAGACCUUGUAAUCCUGACACCGAGUUCUCGUGUAAGAAUGGUCGUUGUAUACCGAAGCUAUGGAUGUGCGACUUCGAUAACGAUUGCGGUGAUGAUUCGGAUGAACCGGCUUAUAUGUGUCGUCAAAGAAAUUGCACUACAGGCUGGAGAAGGUGUCCUGGUCAGUCCAACUAUAGGUGUAUACCAAAAUGGUUGUUCUGUGAUGGCAAAGACGACUGUAGAGAUGGAUCCGAUGAACUUCCAGAAAAUUGCCCAAGUUGUAACUCCGAAACCGAUUUCACUUGUGAUAACAAACGCUGUAUACCGAAACAGUGGCUGUGCGAUUUCACUGACGACUGUGGGGAUGGUAGCGACGAAGCAGAGUCGGCUUGCCAACACAAAUAUAGGGAAUGUUCUGAAUCAGAAUUCAAGUGUGGCAACGGAAAAUGUAUAUCGUCGAGAUGGAGAUGCGACCACGAAGACGAUUGUGGAGAUAACUCAGACGAGAUGGACUGUGGUGGAUUCAAGUGCAAGAACGGGACAUUCCAGUGCAAGUCUGGACACUGUAUCGCUGCAUACUUCAGAUGUGAUGGCGACAGAGAUUGUAGAGAUUUAUCUGAUGAGAUCGGCUGUCCUCCGCGGUUCCCUGGAGGAAAAUACUGCCCUGAAAGUCGGUUCCAAUGCGCCAACAAUCUGUGCGUAUCACAGUCGGACUUGUGCGACGGCACGGACGACUGCGGCGACGGGUCCGACGAGGCGGCUUCCAUCUGCACUAAUUUCAACUGCGACACGCUGCGCCGCUUCCACUGCGACAAUCAUAGAUGUGUGCCCAGGUACCAGGUGUGCGACGGCGUGGACAACUGCGGCGACGGCUCGGACGAGAACAACAUGACGCUGUGCGCGGCGCGCGCGCGGCCGUGCGAGCCCGCCACGCAGCUCACGUGCGCCAACCGCCGCUGCGUGGAGCGCACGCAGCUCUGCGACUACGCCGACGACUGCGGCGACGCCUCCGACGAGCUCGGCUGCCACCGCGACCGCACCUGCGACCUCGAACACAAAGGUGGCUGCGAACACUUCUGCACCAAUUUGACGCAGCCGGGCGGCGGAUACAUCUGCUCGUGCUUCCAAGGUUGGAUAAUCUCGCCGGCGGACAAGAAGCGGUGCGUCGACGUGGACGAGUGUGUGGCCGGCACCCACCACUGCUCGCAUAUUUGCACCAACAUCAACGGCAGCUACAGUUGUAGCUGUCGCGAAGGGUUCAGAUUGGCAGAUAACUUAUCCGGCGUUUGCAAGGCGACAGAGAACGAGGUGGUACUAAUGUUUGCCAAUGGACCUGAAAUACGUGCCUUUGUCCAAGAUAAAAACGAAGAAUUCGACGUCAUCACCUCCGAGAAGAGAAUCGAAGCCAUCGACUUCGACCCUAAAAAUGAGAUGGUCUUCUGGGCCGACAGCUACGAUAAGACCAUCAAGCGCUCGUAUAUGGUAAAUGCGAUGGGAGGCCAGGUCAAGACCGGAUUCGCCCAGGAUCUCAACAUGAAAGGAAACUCCAAACCUACGGCACUCGCGGUCGACUACAUCGGUGACAACCUGUACUGGACCGAGGUGGACAGAACCGGCUCGAAGCCGAGAGGUCGAGUCAUGGUGGCGAGGUCCGACGGCAGAUACAGACGAGCGCUAGUCUCUGCGGGUAUCGAGAGCCCGACGUCGCUGGUGCUCGAUCCUCAAAUGGGCAGAAUGUUCUGGACGGACGCGGGAUCCGCACCGAAGAUAGAGAUAUCGUGGAUGGACGGCUCGAAGAGGAGACCGAUCGUCACGGAGAACGUCAGGCAUCCGACCGGCUUGGCGAUCGACCAGGCCAUGGACCACUCGAUCUACUGGGCCGACACGAAGCUGAACACCAUAGAGUCGAUGAGACACGACGGCUCCAACAGGAAGGUGAUCCUCCGGGGCGAUACACUAAAGCAUCCGAUCUCCCUGGACGUGUUCGAGUCGUCGCUGUACUGGGUGACGCGCGACACCGGCGAGCUCGUUCGGCAAGACAAGUUCGGACGGGGAGUGCCGUUCGUCAUUUCCAAGGAUCUAGUCAACCCUUCGGCUGUGAAAGUGGUGCACCCGCGGCGCGCGGCCCCGGCGGAGUCUUCGGGCGCGUGCGCGGCGUGCUCGCACCUGUGCCUGGGCGUGCCGGGCGGCCGGCGCUGCGCCUGCCCCGACCUGCUGCCGCCGCCCAAGCGCGCCGCGCUCGACCGCGCCUGCGACGCAGCGGUGGAGUCCCCGCGCGCGCUGCCGCGGGUGUGUCCGUGCGAGAACCAGGGCCGCUGCGAGGAGGAGGAGCAGGGCGCGCUGCGCUGCGUGUGCCCGGCGGGGCGCGCGCCGCCGCUGUGCGCGGGCGGGGCGGGCGGCGCGGGGGGCGCGCGGGGCGCCGCCGCCGCCGCCGUGCUGGUGCCCGUCGUGCUCGUGCUCGUGCUGGUGCUAGGAGCCGCCGCCGCCUGGUUCUUCAUCCGGAAGAGGCCCUUCGGCAAGGGCGGCGGCCUCGGCAGCCUGGCGUCGUCGCAGAGCGUGUCGUUCCGGCAGGGCUCCAACGUGGAGUUCGGCGGCGUGGCGGAGCCCGCCUACACGCUCGAGGACACCGGCCGCAAGGGACGCGACUUCAGCAACCCCAUGUACGAGGCCGUCACCAGGGCGCAGGCCGCCGGCGAGCCCGACCCUCCCCUACCCGGCAUCUACGAAGUACCGGACGAGAUAAAGGAGAAGGUGGCGUCGGCGGUGAUAUCGCCGUCGUCGACGGAGACGCGCGGCGGAGCGGGCGGAGGCGCGGGGGGCGCGGGGCGGCCGCGCGCGCUGGACCCCGCCGCGGACACCGGCGCCGACACCGCGCAGCUGGUGCGCGAGGACCGCGACUGCUAG